UUGGGGAGUGUUGGAGACUCCCUGCUCCCCCCCAAACACAGUGGGACAGGUGUAUCCAGGUAAUGCCAGGCCUGGGGACACAGGGGACAUCCCUGCUCCAUCUGCUCCCCACAGAUGUCCCACCAAGGGCGACGGAGCUGUCGGGCUGCACCGGGACCACCCAGAGGAGCGGCCUCACCAUGCCAGAGCAGCCCGUGAGCCCCGUGCCCAUCAUGUCCCCUGUCCCCCCACCCCUCAGCACCCCAGGGGACACUUUUCCUCUCCCACAGCUUGAUGUUGGUGAUGGUCGGAUGGAUUCCGUUCCUGCCAAAUGCAGCAUUCCCCAGCCUGCCAUGGGCCAUCCCGCCCCCUUCGCCCCGCCGGAGCUGCAAGUGGGACCCAAGGGAGUCACUACCUGGAAGGAGCCGUUGGCAUACAGCACUGUCCACAACCAGUACCUGACCAAUCUCUCGCCGCUGGCCCCCGUAGCACCAGGUGAGUCGGGGGGGAGAUCACAGCCCCCAGGAGGAGUGGACACCCCCUUCACCAAUCCCUCCUGGAUUUUCCAGGCUGGUGGGCACAGCCUCCAAUCACCUGGGCCCCGAGAUCCGUGGAGGGCAUCCAGAUCCCAAGUCCCAGUGGCUUCAGCACCAACAACCAGCCCACCAACCUGUGGCGCAUCGAUGACCCCCUGACGUGACCCCCUGCAAAAGUGCUGCUGCAUCCUGGGAGUCCCAUCCUCGGCUUUUCCCAAAUCUCCCUAGGAGGAAUAAAGACCCUGUGCAAUGCCA